UGUCCCAGACAGGCCAGCUGGUUCACAACUGGAGCCAGCGCCGCCGCCGGCGGGUCCUCGCCCCACUAUAGGGCUGUAACUUGAGCCGCCCCGCCGCCAACCCCCCUCCUACUCCGCCCCAGCUCUGCGGUCCAGGCCCCUGCGUCGCGCUGCCCCUUGUGGCCCUGAACCCGACAGUGAGACUGCCAUGGGCUGCCGGGCCUGCCUCCUUCCGAAGGCGUCCGGCGCUGUACAGGGCCGCUGGUUGGGGACUGUCCUGAGUGGGUUGUGCCUUCUCUCCGCGCUGGCGUGGCUGGAGUGGCUGGGGGCUCCGGCAGAGACCGCCCGGAGUGCAGCUCAGGGAAGUGUGGACGCACCAAACUCUUCAGGGGGCUCCACUGCCCAGGUCCCCAGCCUGCUGACCAUGCUGGUGGCACGAAGACGUCGCUACACGCUGACACCAGCCAGGCUGCGCUGGGACCACUUCAACCUCACAUACAGGAUCCUCUCCUUUCCCCGGAACCUUUUGAGCCCGGAAGAGACAAGGCAGGGCCUGGCUGCUGCCUUUCGCAUGUGGAGCGAUGUUUCCCCGUUCAGCUUCCGUGAGGUGGCCCCAGAGCGUCCCAGUGAUCUCCAGAUAGGUUUCUACCCAGUCAACCACACCGACUGCUCGGUCUCUGCUCUGCACCACUGCUUUGACGGGCCCACAGGUGAAUUGGCCCAUGCUUUCUUCCCUCCCCACGGUGGCAUUCACUUUGAUGACAGCGAGUAUUGGAUCUUGGGCCCCACACGCUACAGCUGGAAGAAAGGUGUUUGGCUCACGGACCUGGUGCAUGUGGCAGCCCAUGAGAUUGGCCACGCACUGGGACUGAUGCACUCACAGCAAGAUCAGGCACUCAUGCACCUCAAUGCCACAUUACGAGGCUGGAAGGCACUGUCCCAGGAUGAGCUGUGGGGAUUAUACCGACUCUAUGGCUGCCUGGACCGGCUGCUUUUGUGUACAUCCUGGGCACGAAAAGGAUUUUGUGAUAUCCACCAGAGGCUUAUGAAGAGACUCUGCCCCAGGAGCUGUGACUUCUGUUAUGAAUUCCCAUUUCCCACCGUGGCCAGCACCACAUCACCCAUCAGAAUGAAAACCAAGUUUGUGAGAGAGGGCAGGAAUAUGACCUUCCGCUGUGGGCACAAGAUCCGACACAAGAAAGGCAAAGUAUACUGGUACAAGGACCAGGAGCCCCUGGAGUUCUCCUACCCUGGCUACCUGGCCCUGGGCGAAGCACAGCUGAGCAUCAUCGCUAACGCUGUCAACGAGGGCACCUACACGUGUGUGGUCCGCCAGCACCAGCGUGUUCUCACUACCUACUCCUGGCGGGUCCGAGUGAGGAGCUGAGUCUGCCACAGCCUCUGACUGCAGCCAGCAGAUAAAGCACUUUCUCUCCAAUGUCUCCGUGCUGUUUCAUGGAAAGAGGGAAGGCUAGGCUUUGCCACCUGUCUGUGGGAUCCAGGGUCAGCACUCCUCUAUUUCUGCAAAGUCCUUUGAGGUGAACACAUAGUCCACAGUGCAGCAAGGGCUUUGCAAAGAUGGCCUCUAGAGCCGGGAGGUAAAGUGGAGCCAGCUGUCAGCACCAGGGGAGACUGCAGUGUGACUGGAGGGAUCAGGGUGAGGGGAGGGAAGAGCUGAGGUCAAGAUGGUGUAACAGGGUGUGGUGCUUCUUUUUUUUCCCU